UUGCACAGAAGAAACUUUGAAUUUAACCUCAAAAGAAACAAAGGGAGGAAGAGAAUAUAAGCAAAAUACAAGUCAUUAAUUAAAAAGGAUAAAAGGCCAAGAAUGAGAGAAUUGUCUAAUGUUUUUUAACUCCAAUCGCACAUGGGUUCUUGGGUUUUCCCCUUCUCUCAACAUUUUUGUUUUUCUUUUCAAUCGCAUGCUCUCUUAAUGUAACUCUUUUCAUUUGUCUCUCUCCUCUCAACACUUGGCUGCUUCACAUUUUUUUUCUUAUUAAAGAAAGAUUUUCUCAUUAGCAUUUGAAGGUUAUUGACUCAAUUGUUGAAGAGAGAGAUAUUCUUCAGAUCUACAGUGAAAAGGGUUUUUGAGUUUUGGCUGUUGUUGUCAACCUCUGAAGACUCUGUUCUUUGCAGGAUUGGCUAUGAUUCAAUCUCAAAGUCUCAUGCAGGUUCUGUUCUGAUUAAAAGAUGCUUUAUGGAGAUAACUGGACAUACGUGAAGUAUAUACGGGAGCAGUGAAGGGCAGUUUGGUGAUCUUUUGUUGUUCAUUUAUGUUCUGAACAUUUCAAACAGGUAGUAAUUAAGUAAUUUCCAUGUUUUGAGAGAUGGUGACUGAUAAAAUUGAAGACAUGGACAUCGAAGUCCUUUCUUCAAUGUGGCCUGAAGAUAUUGAACACGAAGCUGGAAAGCAAUUUAAUGUAGAAAAGCCAGGAGGAGACCAAGACACGUUGGAGGAGGUUACAAUUGUAGAGGAGCCAACCAUAGUAGAUUUCAAGCAUCUUUUAGAGCUAACUAAUUAUUCUGAAAAGGGCUCGUCUCAGUUAGCAUACCUUGUAAAACACUGGGAAUUCAAGCAAGCAAAUGCUGUUCGUCUUCUUAGAGAAGAACUUGACAAUCUAAGUAGGCAAAGGCAGGAAUCUGAGCUUAAGAAAUUGGAGAUAUUGGAGGAACAUCGUUUUGAGGAGGAAAGAUAUGGAGAAGAUAAAUGCCCAAUUUCCAUACUGGAUGAAGUGUAUGAUAUAUGGCAAGAAGUUCCUCAAAGGAAAAAUGAUGUUGUGGUUCCAAAUAAAAGAGUUGAAAUUGAUGCUGAAUAUGACACUGUCAGAUACUGGAAACAGCGUGUCAUGCAUUUGGAGAAACUGUUGGAAGCAAGCAUCCAGAGAGAGCAGCUACUUAAGGAAAAGUUGCAGGAAAGCAUAAAAAAUCUGGAAAGACAGUCCUCACCGGUAGAAGAGUUGUCUCAGAUUCUUAAAAGAGCGGAUAAUUUCUUACAUUUUGUACUUCAAAAUGCACCCGUUGUUUUUGGACAUCAGGAUAAAGAGCUGCGUUAUCGCUUUAUUUAUAAUCAUUUUCCAAGUUUACAAGAGGAGGACAUUUUAGGAAAAACGGAUGUGGAAAUUUUUACUGGAUCUGGUGUUAAGGAGUCUCAGGAUUUUAAAAAGGAAGUGAUGGAAAAGGGAUUACCUGCAAAGAGGGAAAUCACAUUUGAGACAGAACUAUUUGGGUCAAAGACAUUUUUGAUAUAUGUGGAACCUGUUUUUAGCAAGGCAGGAGAGACUAUUGGUAUAAAUUAUAUGGGCAUGGAUGUAACAGACCAGGUAAGGAAAAGAGAAAAGAUGGCAAAGCUUCGAGAGGAGAUUGCAGUACGAAAGGCAAAGGAAAAAGAGCUGAACAAAACAAUACAUAUAACAGAGGAGACAAUGCGUGCAAAACAAAUGCUGGCAACCAUGUCUCACGAGAUAAGAUCUCCUCUCUCUAGGGUUGUCAGCAUGGCUGAGAUCCUGGCCACCACGAAACUUGACCCAGAGCAAAGACAAUUGUUAGAUGUCAUGCUAUCUUCGGGAGAUUUGGUUCUUCAACUCAUAAAUGACAUCCUUGAUCUUUCCAAGGUUGAAUCAGGUGUUAUGAAGUUGGAAGCUACAAAGUUCCGACCAAGAGAGGUGGUAAAGCACGUUCUGCAGACAGCUGCAGCAUCAUUGCAAAAGAUUCUUAUCUUGGAAGGACAUGUAGCAGACAAUGUUCCUAUUGAGGUCAUUGGAGAUGUCCUAAGAAUUCGACAAAUUCUCACCAACUUGAUCAGCAAUGCGAUCAAGUUCACACAUGAAGGGAAGGUCGGAGUAAAACUUUAUGUAGUACCAGAGCCGCCUUUUGCAAAAGAAGGAUCUCAGCACGGAUCUGAUGGAUCAACUGCUAAUCAAUCUACUACUAAUGUAGCGAAAGAAGAGACAUGUCCAUCAAUGUCUCAAACUAGCAGUGAUCAGAAGGGAUUUCAUGGUAAGAAACAAGAAGAUUUUUGCCAAAAUCAUUCAUUUAGUGAACCUGGUACUUCAGUCAUGAAUGGAACAAUAAAUGGGACUAAGGAGCAAGCAGAGUUAGCUGAAACAACAGUGUGGAUAUGCUGCGAUGUAUAUGACACUGGAAUUGGAAUACCAGAAAAUGCUUUACCCACUCGUUUUAAGAAGUACAUGCAAGUGAGUGCUGAACAUGCCCGAAAGUAUGGUGGGACAGGACUAGGCCUCGCAAUAUGUAAACAGCUGGUUGAGCUAAUGGGAGGCCGUCUUACUGUGUCUAGCCGAGUGCAUUUUGGUUCUACAUUUACGUUUAUCCUACCUUACAAGUUUUCUCUAUCAUGUGAUCAUUCUGAUGACCCGGAUGACCUCUCAGAUAUGGCUGAUCAUGGUGCUACAUAUGAUGAUGCAACUGCUGGCUUUUUCCAUUUCCAGCCUAACACUUUGGGUUCUCUGUUUUCUUCUAAUGGAUCUCGCAGAACUCAAAAAUUAACACCACAUGAUUUUGGCUACGCAAAUUCACAUAAACUUAAUUGGUUCUCAGAGAAUUUUUAUUCAUUUCCCAUGAAUAACGGUCAAACAAAGGAGAUGGAUUUAGUUGAGGAUGCUUGUUCUGUGGCUGAAGCUGUAGAGAUAUCAUCUAAGCCUGAAAGUUCAUUUAGACACAGCCCAGACCCUGAUAAUGUAAGUGCAAUUUGCAGAGACAAGCAUCAUCAAAAUGUUGCAAAUGGUCAGGACAAAGUUUCUACCACGGAUGUGUCAAGUCGCUCAGAGACAAGCAGAGAAGUGGAUGCAAAAAUGAAGUUAACUGAGCCCCAGCCCUCACCUAAGAGGCAGGAGAAAUCUGACACUGGUUACCAGUCCAAAUUAAACAGCAAUCGAGAAGUAUCAAGUUCUAUCUCAAAGCCUAAGAUCCUACUUGUGGAAGUUAAUAAGAUUAAUGUAAUGGUAACAAAGUCAAUGAUGAAGCAGUUAGGCCACACAAUAGAUGUUGUGAACAAUGGUGUUGAAGCUGUCUGUGCAGUUCACCACCAUAAUUAUGAUCUCAUCCUGAUGGAUGUUUGCAUGCCAGUCAUGGAUGGCCUUCAAGCAACAAGAUUGAUUAGUUCCUUUGAAGAAACUGGUAAUUGGGAUGCAGCAGCAAAGGCUGGGAUGGAGCAACCUUUGCCUUCCUCAGAUUCAUUCCAACCAGGUUGUACACUUUCAACGAAGCGGAUUCCCAUAAUUGCGAUGACUGCGCAUGCAUUGUCACAGAGUGCUGAUGAGUGUUUUGCAAAUGGUAUGGACUCAUUUGUUUCAAAGCCCGUAACUUUCCAAAAACUGAAAGAGUGUUUUGAACAAUAUUUGCCAUGA